GGAUUUCUCUACGCAGUGUGAGUGUCGCAGCGAAAGUGAUUUGAGGUGCGCAAAAGUUCAAAAUUUUCGUGAAUUUUUCUUAGUUAAAAAAACUUUUCAGUAUAUAUAUAUUCAAGUAUGAAACUCGCUUUAGCUUUCCUAUUGCUCGCCGGUUUGUUGGCCAUUGGCGUCAAUGCCGGCAACGAACCAGUUUGUUCAUAUCGCAAUAACCAGGGUGAAACGAUAUUCCUGAAAUAUUUGCCUCUACUCAAGCAGGGACAGGAUUAUGUGGAUUUCGGCGCGGAUGGCAAGUGCGUGAAGCGUGCAGUUUGUACGGAGAAUUUCAAAACCGAAGUCGAAGAUUGCGCCAAAUAUCGUGUGACUUGUGGCAAUAAGAAAACCUUUAAUGGUGUCUUCCCUGGCUGUUGUGUGAAGUGUUAAUUAAAAAAAAAAAAAA